AUGAAUAGUUGUUCUCCAGUAUUAAAUUAAUCUGACUACAUCUUGAUUCUUAAAAAAUUUAUUAGAUUAUAAAGCUUCUCUAACCUCAAAUGGAUCUAGGAAAAAAUAAUCAAUUUCAAGUUUUUAGAGAGACAUUUCUCAUUUAGCUGAUUCAUUCAGACAUAAGACUUUGUAAUAACAAAUAAAGGAAAAGUAACAAAUAGCAGAAAUGCGAUUAAAUGAAUAUAUACUUAAACAAAAAGAGAGAAAACAAAAUCAAGAAUAUAUGAUGUAAAAUUAAAAGUAUCACUAUAAAACAUAAAAUAUUGAAAACACUUUUGAUGAUGUACUAUAAAUUUUAGAGAAAUAUUCUGACUUUAAUGUAAAUUGGGUAGCUUAAGACUUAUAGGAAAUAAGUGGAAAUAGGAAAAAUAUAUAAUGUUAAAUUUAAAAUCAAAAUUAGUAAAUCGUAUAGAAAAGGGGUAUUUUGAAGAUAUUUAAAGUACUCAAAACACUGAAAGAAAAUUAUCAAUAAAGAAAAAAAUAUUUACUUAUGUGA